CCCUCGGCCGCCCCCACCGCCCCCCAGAUGUACUAUGCGGUUUCCCAGGCGCGCGUGAACGCGGCCCCCACGACCAUGCUGCGGCCACAGCGGCCGGGGGACGUGCAGCUCGGGGCCUCCCUGUACGAGCUGGUGGGCUACCGGCAGCCACCCUCCGCCUCCUCCACUGCCUCCUCCUCCACGACGGCCCCCCUCCUCCCCAAGGCGGCGCGCGAGAAGCCGGAGGCGCACGCCGAGCCGCCCGGCACCGGACCCGGGCCCGGUGCGCACGCGGGCGGCGGCUCCCGGGCGGACGCCAAAGAGGAGCAGCAACAGCAGCUGCGGCGCAAGAUCAACAGCCGCGAGCGGAAGCGCAUGCAGGACCUGAACCUGGCCAUGGACGCGCUGCGGGAGGUCAUCCUGCCCUACUCGGCCGCGCACUGCCAGGGCGCUCCCGGCCGCAAGCUCUCCAAGAUCGCCACGCUCCUGCUCGCCCGCAACUACAUCCUGCUGCUGGGCAGCUCGCUGCAGGAGCUGCGCCGCGCGCUCGGCGAGGGCGCGGGACCCGCUGCUCCGCGCCUGCUGCUGGCCGGCCUGCCCCUGCUCGCCGCCGCGCCCGGCUCUGUGCUGCUGGCGCCCGGCGCCAUGGGGCCCCCCGACGCGCUGCGCCCCGCCAAGUACCUGUCGCUGGCGCUCGAUGAGCCGCCGUGCGGCCAGUUCGCGCUCCCCGGCGGCGCGGGCGGCCCCGGCCUCUGCACCUGCGCCGUCUGCAAGUUCCCGCACCUGGUGCCGGCCGGCCUAGGCCUGGCCGCCGUGCAGGCGCAGUUCUCCAAGUGA